CGUCUCCUUCUUCUCCAUGCAUUGUGUAGAAAGAAUCCGCAUUAUCGAAGCCCCGAAGAAGCGAUGCCGCGGCUAUUAAGGUUCCACUCCCUCUCCCCUCCUCUCCAAGAAACCCUAGUUUCCCCCAAUCCCCCAUUCCUCUCCCUUCCUCCUCGCUCCUCCUCGUCCCCAGCCCCUUCCUCCGCUCGCCGCGUGCGGAGAGCCCUCUCGACUCCCUCAAAACCCCACUCCGCUCCCAAUCUCCGUCGCCUCACCUCUCGAAUCGUCGAUCUCACGCGGCGGAGGCAACUGGAUCAGAUAUUUGAGGAAGUGGAGGUCGCGAAGGAGAGAUAUGGGGAGAUGAACACGAUCGUGAUGAAUGCAGUCAUGGAGGCCUGCGUCCACUGCGGAGAUGUGGAUUCCGCUAUCAGGAUCUUCGACGAGAUGUCGAAGAGGGCGAAUGGCGGAGUCGAUAGCGUCUCUUUUGGGAUCUUGUUGAAGGGUUUAGGCAAGGCCCGGAGGGUUGACGAAGCAUUCCACAUUCUUGAAUCUGUUGAUCUAGGGACUGCUGCCAGGAAUCCGCGAUUAUCACCUCAAGUCAUCUAUGGUCUGUUAAAUGCUAUUCUUGAAGCAGGAGAUAUGCGUCGUGCAAAUGCUCUUGUUGCGCGUUGCCGUCAUGUACUUCAUCAAGAGGGUAACCCCGUCUUACUUUACAACUUACUGAUGAAGGGAUAUAUAAACACCAAUUUCCCCCUGGGUGCUUUAACUGUUAGAGAUGAGAUACUACGUCAAGGAUUGAAGCCUGAUAUAUUGACCUAUAAUACUCUUGUUUCGGCAUGUGUAAGAUCUGGAGAAAUUGAUAAGGCUAUUCAGUUACUUGCAGAAAUGAAGGAAGAAGCUAGGAAGUAUAAUAGCUAUGAGCUCCUUCCAGAUGCUGUUACUUACACAACUUUGCUUAAGGGUUUAGGGAAUGGCAAAGACCUGCUUUCAGUUGUGAAGAUUGUGGUGGAGAUGAAAUCUUCACUUCUUACUAUUGAUAGAACGGCAUACACUGCAAUGAUCGAUGCCUUGUUGGCUUGUGGGUCAAUCAAGUGUGCUCUUUGCAUCUUUGGAGAGUUAAUUAAGCAAGCGGGCAGAAAUAACAACUUGAGGCCGAAGCCUCAUCUUUAUCUUUCAAUGAUGCGAGCCUUUGCUAUAAUAGGAGAUUUUGAUAUGGUCAAAAGGCUGCAUUUACGCAUGUGGCCAGAUUCAUCAGGAUCAAUCCCCUUUUCAGCCCAGGCAGAAGCUGAUGAGCUUCUUAUGGAAGCAGCAAUAAAUGAUAACCAGGUAGAUCUUGCUAGAGAGCUGCUUUCAAAUAUCAUCAACAAGCGAGAAAUUUUCACUUGGACAAGUAGAGGAGGGAUGGUUGCUGUAAGGGUUGAAGCUUUAUCAGGAUUCACCAAUUCUAUCCUUACACCCUGUGUUCUUCCCCAGGUUUUAGUGAAUGAUCCGGUUGAGAAGCAUAUGAUACCUUUUGAAAAAGCCAAUCCGUUGCCCGCUAGCUCGAGUUUGAACGAAGUUGUAAUGCGUUUCUUUAAGGAGCCAGCAGUUCCAGUUAUUGAUGACUGGGGGAGUUGCAUCGGAAUUGUUCACCGCUGUGAUUGCAUAAAGCAGUUGGAUGCACCUCUUUCGACGGUGAUGAGGGGGCCUCCUCCUUGCGUGACUGCCUUGACAUCUGUCGGGCGGGUCAUUGAUCUAAUCCUCGAGAAGAAGUAUGAGAUUAUAGUUGUAGUUAGAAAUAGCAAUGUAUAUGAAAGCAGCUACAGCUCAAGUUCGAGACCUCUUGGGGUUUUCUCUCUCGCAAGAUUGUUGAAAUCUGCAAUAGGGGCAUCAGAAAUGCAGGACGCCAUUGUAUCUAAGAUAUUCGACCAGCAGAAAGUCAGGAGCAUGUAAGUUUUGGUAAGUGGAAGUACAUCUUAUCUUCAACAGGGUUACACUAUAUUUUAUAUCAGAAUCUUAGGAAAGACUGGGUGUUGCAGAGUUGUAACUUAUAAUAGGUUUUUUUUUGUGUAGACUACAGUUGUUUGGAAGUUGUCUAUGUAGAUGGUUUAGUUUUGAGUAAAUUGCACGACCAGUCCCUGUACUUUCUACCAACUUUCAUUUCGGUCGUCGAACUUUUAAGUUUGACAUUAGUAAUCCAUAAACUCUUCAAAAGGUUUCACUCUAGUCCUGGUGCAUACACAAUAGUAGCAGGCAAAUUGCUUAUAUCUAGUGAAUCUGCACAUUGAUAAAUCAAACAUUUGUGGACUCUUUCUGUAAUCUCACAUUUCAACCUUACUAUUCAUCGAGUUACUAUUGUUUAUAGUAUAUAUAUUGGGCCAUUGAAUUGCAAGUGUGAGAUUGGUAAGAAAUCGAGAACUUUAUGGUUUAUGAAUGUGUAAAUGAAUUUUGGUGUAUACAACUAUUUAUUUCACUUUAAGAUGAGGACCAAAAUAUUAGGGACUAAAUUAAAACUUUAUGGAAAGCGUAGUAUCUCGAACGAAUUUCAGGAUCGAAAUGAAACUUGACUCAAAGUUCGGGGACUAGUAGUGCAAUUUACUUGUGUAGUAUUUAUUUAAGGAAAAAACUAUUUGUCCAAGGAUGUAAGAUUUAUAGGAUGAAAAAAGUGAUUUUUGGAUGGUAGGAUGUAAGAUUUAUAGUUUGGGAAUGCAAGUAGCAUUGCUCUACUCAGACAUGGAGUGUAAUUGGAGUCUGGCCCACUGCUUUUAUGCUUGUUUUGUUUUCAAGUCAAAAAGUUUAUAUUUUAGGACCA